CCUGUGUAGUGACAGACUGGACUUGGUCCCUCUAACCCAGAGUCAGCCCACUUGCCCAGAUACCCAGGAGGGAUAUUCCCUUUACGGCCGACGGGUGGAAGUUGCCUCCCGGACAGCCCGAGCUGCGAUGCUGACGAGCUCCGAGGCAGAGCUCGGCAGAGCCUCCCGCCGGGCUCUCUGGCUGAGACCGCCCGCAACCUUGUGCUGACAAUCACUGCGCCGCUCUACAGCGACCCGCCGCCCUAGCUGCGGCCGUCCUGUACUCCCCGGGACUGGGGUCUUGAAGGGGCUAUCCGCUCGCCAGGGAUCUGCACGCCUGGGGCCUGGAUUCCCUUCAGAAACUCACACUGGAUGGUGGGUCCUGUGAAAGGCAAAAGAUGGCACUCACUAGCUUCACUCCUGCUCCUUCCAUUUACGUUAGAUGUCGAGAGAAUCAUGAGCAACACCUGCCCCUCUCUGAAGAAGGAAACUUCCAUGAUUUACCAAGGCAAGAAGAAUAAUCUCCUGUGAUCAUAAGAUGACUCAGAUGGCAGGAAAGAUGGAGCCAACAGCUUGACCUUUACAUCUUUCCAACUCUGACGUCAGAGGCAAAGCCACCUGCUGUUUAGCACCACACUGAGAUUUCUGCAGAAGGACCCUUGUGAUCCUGUCUGACCUGCCCACUCUGGCCAAUGGCUGUGUUCAGGAAUGUGGGUCACAUGAACAUCAACAUCACAAAUCCAUCGAAGCAAUGAAAGACACAAGUGCUUAGAAGAAAGGCAUGACAAACCAAAACAGUAGCUGCUCUAUGUAAAGCCAGCUGUGCCUAGAAUGACCUUUUAAGAGUCACUUGUUCCUUUUGAUGUUGUUAUCCUUUGGAUCUCGAGUCACAUGCUAACGACCUGGGUACUCCUGAUGGCAUGAGUGGGAGGUGGGAACCUCAGAAGGAUGGAUCCUGAAGCUGCCCAGCUGGAAAAGCAGCACGUUCACGAUGUGUAUGAGAGUACUGCCCCCUACUUCAGUGACCUGCAAAGCAAAGCCUGGCCACGCGUUCGCCAGUUCCUGCAGGGCCAGAAGCCAGGCAGCCUCAUCGCCGACAUUGGUUGUGGAACUGGAAAGUAUCUUAAAGUGAAUAGCCAAGUACAUACCCUGGGCUGUGACUACUGUGGGCCUCUGGUAGAGAUUGCCCGGAAUAGAGGGUGUGAAGUCAUGGUAUGUGACAACCUUAAUCUCCCCUUUAGGGACCAGGGCUUCGAUGCUAUCAUCUCCAUAGGAGUCAUACAUCAUUUUUCUACAAAACAAAGAAGAAUUAGAGCCAUAAAGGAAAUGGCCAGGAUCUUAGCUCCCGGAGGCCAGCUGAUGAUUUACGUUUGGGCAAUGGAACAGAAGAACCGACGCUUCGAGAAGCAGGAUGUGCUUGUGCCGUGGAACAGGGCACUCUGUUCCCGUCUGCUCUCGGAGUCCCACCAAUCCUGGGGCCAUCAGUGUGAGCAUCCCACGAGCCAUGGCUCCUGGGGCCGCGGCUCCGCGUGCGGCUGCGCAGUGUGUUUUAAGGGCAGAUGUGAUUCCAAGCGGUCCCACAGCAUGGACUACGGGCCUGCGGUGGCCAGAACCUGCUGUGAGGCUAUGUCGAAGGAAGGCGAGGAAGAGAAUGGAUUAUAUAACAAUUUUGGAAAAUCGUUUCGCUCCUGGUUUUUCUCCAGGUCUUUGGAUGAAUCAACCCUAAGGAAGCAAAUUGAGAGAGCCAGGCCAGUGAAAAGCCCAGAGGCUUGGGCCAAUAGCACAGUGUCCCGCCAGCCUUCAAGACACCCCAGUUUAGACCUGCACCCUCAGGAGCAGUUUCCAACAAAAGAAACGAACUUAGAUGAGGUAUUUGUAGACACAUCUUCUCAAACACACUUGGGCUGGCUAGGCGCACCGGGAACUUCACAGAACUUUAGUGGACACGAGGCAGGAGAGGGCAGCAGGGAGCAGAGGGGCGAUUUUCUGGACAUCACUGAUAUCAGGAAUGGUAUGGUUGCUAACGUCAGUGACCCUUCUUCCAGAAAAACGUUAAGGAGGGUUUCUGCAUUCGACUCUACGGAUUCCAACCCAGAGACCCCAAGCUCUGAGGAGGAGCAGCGGGAUGCCCCAGAUUCCACAGCCUUCAUGCGCUACUACCACGUGUUCCGGGAAGGCGAGCUGUCCAGCCUGCUGCAGGAGAGUGUGUCCGAGCUGCAGGUUCUGAGCUCCGGCAAUGACCAUGGCAACUGGUGCGUCAUCGCUGAGAAAAAGAGGAGCUGGGAUUAGCUGCCUGACUGGGAUUAACGACAUCCGUCCCUCGGGAGCACAGGCUUGCCCGUCAUCGGUUCACUGAGGCUGAUGCGGGCACCCGAGUCACCAUCCUGUUUCACUGUUGUCAAACGCAGGCACGAGUUGGUCCUUGGCCACUUUGACCUGAUCCUCCCAAUUGUUGACCAAGCGCUGAGCCGGGUACUCCCUGCAUCCGCCACAGGUUGUGCCUGCUGAAAUCUCAGUAAAAGGAGCUGAGGAAGCAAUAAAAAAAAAAUGAACUUCGCUGCAGGAUUGACGUUAUUCUUCUCAGAGAUGAAAAUAUAAUAAUACCCGUAUGUCAAGUGUCAGUAUUAUCUUUUGGCUUUUAACCAGUCUGCUGUUAAACAUACCCUUUUAAGAAGCAGUAUUUUUUUUUUUUAAUAAAAUACGUUGGCCCUCAGGAAGUUAUGUGGAUAUCUACGGAAGGUAGCAAGGACACCUAUUUUAUUGCUGGGUGUGUAUUUGUUGAGGGUUGCUGUGGGGGUGUCUUGUUUCCAGGCUUUGUUUCUAACUACUUCAAGCCUUCACAGAAAUUCAUUUGAUGCAGAGAAACAAGAAGUAUUGCCCCGACUCUCUACAUGACAUGCAAGCGUCCUUCAGGAUGAUUACUGUAAAUAAUACUCUCUUCAGUGCUGCUCUGAAGUUUGUUAAAGGCACUGUUAGCAGAGGGUGUAAGUUUAGUGUUAGAGCAGGCAGCUCGAAGGUCUAAGAACCAGCAUCCACCCACAGCACCAAAGACAGAAGAAAAAGAAUAACAACACGGUUAGCAUGCAGAGAGCAUUGCAGGGGCAGAAGGUGGUAUAUCCUCUUGUGACAUUUUCCCCAAAGGUAUUAGAAGCAGAAAUAUCCUACCGAGAUAGUGUCAAAAUCAACCGAAGAGUUUUCAACUAGGAAAUGCUUGAGUUAUCUGAGAAUCUGACUGGAGAAAUUUUUCCUUGCCUGUAAGGACAUACCUGAAAAGCGCCACAUGUUUAGCCGUGGUGGACAUAUAACUGUUGGGAUUUGUUGUCGCAUGCUAGGUCUCCUAACCUCUUGAAGGUGACACAUUAGAUCCUUAUAUCAAUGAUCUGGACAGAAUCAAACCUUAGUCACAGGUUGAGUUUCUGGUAGUCUGUAAUGCUGUGCUUAGACUGAGCACGGUAAGAUCAAUGCUUUUUUGUAGAUUUAAGGAUGGGUCCGUUUAAUUCUGUGCCAUGGAUCCUGAGGAACAAUUAUGACAGAACUAAAGACUGGACUCAGGAGAAACAAAAAUAGGUUGGCCAAGGAAUAUGGUUCCAGAUAAUUCUUUAAUAAGCAGAAAAUCAAAUAGUCAUUGUACUUUCUGGACCAACCUAAUGAUGGAGAUUAAAUUAAAAUCCAAUCUUCAUUUUAUUUUUUUUCCACUACAAAAUUAACAAAAACUGAAAUGGAUCAUAUUUAUUUGGUGUUUACUCUCUUCAGUGACGUGGCUUGAACUUAACAGAAUGAAGCUACUUUUGAAGAAAAUCCAAAGAUGGUUUUAAAAACCCUAUCAGAUAAUCACUGAGACUCUCCGCCUCAGAGGCUGGUCCCCGCGCUCAUGCUGUGGAAGUGGUACUUGUGACUUGUACUUUUCAGUGCAUGUUUUGAACAGGGAGCAUUGGAAAUAGAUAAAGGGGGUGAAGUACAAACUGAAAUUUAAGGGUAUGUGCCUUCCUUUUUUUAUUUUCAAAUUAAGACAUUAAACUGUAAGCACAGGUGUCUUCCUGGGAGAUACAGUGACCCGGAACUAGCAGUGACGAGCCCCUUAUUGUGGUUUCCCUUCUCUGAGGUCUACUGUCACUGGCCUCGCUUGGCUUUGCCGCUAGACAUAAGAGUUUGACCUUGCCCCUUUCUGGUUCGAACAUGCUACUUAAAGGUCGUUACAUGGAACUCAAUUCAUUAGGCUGGGAUGGGAUGGCUUGCCUGCUAAACGUGUCUGAGAGAGAUCAUAAAAUAAAUAUGCACCCUACUUUGUA